AUGCGAUUAUUCUCAUAUUUGGACGGUUGCGGUACCAAAAAUAGAGGAAUUUAUCGUAGCUGUGAACUCCCAACAACCAUGCUUCUUCACUCUACCAACUCUUAUUCGAUAUUCACUGACCAUGAAGUCGAAACUCGAACCUCUAGAAUCCGCUCAGCGAUGUUCCCCGACUGGAUUCCACCAACUUCUGCUGCAGAAGCCACAAAUUCAACUACAAGCAUCGUCGAAAUGAUGCAAAUGCCAACUCAACAGCUGAAGCAAUCAGUUAUGGAUCUUCUAACCUACGAAGGAUCAAACGAUAUGUCAGGACUCUCGCUUCCGGAUCUAGUGAAGCUUAUGUGCGAUCAUGAUGAGUCAGUGGUUGCUAGAGCUGUUCAUCGAGCUUAUAUGCUCUCAAGGGAAGAUCCGAACUUCUUCAAUGCGCCGGGAUUCGAUCAUCGAUCUUUUGUGGAAGCUCUGAUGGCUGCGUCGAAGAGUUCCAACGUGAAUGUCCGUCGGAAUGCGAUUGGAGCAUUGUCUCACAUGUCUGAGCAACGUGGAGGACCUCUUCUGAUCUUCAGAAGCGGAGGGCUUGCUGAAAUCAUUCGAAUGCUCUAUGAUUCACUGGAAUCAGUUGUUCACUAUGCUGUGACAACACUUCGGAACCUUCUGAUGCAUGUUUCUGAUUCCAGAGCUCAAGCGAGAGCUCUCAACGCCGUUGAGGCGCUAACUCCGCACCUUCAUAAGACGAAUCCGAAGCUGCUGGCUCAAGUGGCGGAUGGGUUGUAUUUCCUGUUGAUCGACGAUGCUCCAUCGAAGAUCACAUUCCUAUCACUGUUGGGACCACAGAUCUUGGUUUCGAUUCUUCGCGAGUACUCGGAUCAUCGGAAGCUCAUCUAUACCGUCGUCCGUUGCAUUCGAUCCCUGUCCGUUUGUCCGAGCAACAAACCGGCGUUGAUCAGUCUUGGCUGCCUUCCUGCUCUCUACGUGGAGCUCUGCACCGCAAAAGACGAGCGAUCCCAGACGGCGAUUCUAGUGGCGAUGAGAAAUCUGUCGGAUUCUGCGACAAACGAGGAAAAUCUCACUCAACUGAUCAUCAAGCUUCUCGAAAUCAUUCGUGUCGCCAACGAUGGAAUGACUGCCUGCGCGUGUGGAACAUUGAGCAAUCUCACCUGCAAUAACACUAGAAACAAGCAAACCGUGUGUUCUCACGGGGGAAUCGAUGCUCUCGUCACCGCGAUCCGCCGACUACCUGAAGUUGAAGAAGUCACCGAACCGGCUCUCUGUGCUCUUCGGCACUGUACUGCCAGGCACUCACUGGCUGAAGAAGCUCAAAGUGAGCUGAGAUUCUGUCAAGCAUUCCCAGUGAUUUUGGAUCAGCUGGAAACUCUUCGUACUCCAGUUAUCAAGGCAGCUCUCGGAGUUAUUAGAAAUAGUGCACUUCUUCAAACAAAUCUUAUCGAGUUGACACAAGAACAAACUGCAAAUGGGCAUACAGCUGUGUCACUGACAAUGGAUAUCUUGAGAAGAGCUAUCACGGCGAUUGAGGAGAAUCCUGAUAUUGCUGUAGAUGGAGUUCCAAUGUGGGGAGUCAUCGAAGGAGCUGUCUCGGCUCUUCAUCAGCUCGCGAAUCAUCCGGCAGUCGCUGCAGCAUGCUGUGAUGAUAUUGGACAAGUCGGAAAUCCAGAAUGUCCACCAUUCUUGGAUCUUCUCCAUCGUCUUCUGGCUCAUCCGAGACUCGGAUCCAUGGAUGAUGAAGUUCUCGAACGCGAGAUUCUUGGGCUUCUCUAUCAGUUGAGCAAGCGGCCAGACGGAGCCCGUGCUGUUGAGAGUACUGGAGUUAGUGCUCUUUUAAUGGAAUCUCGUGGCUCACAGUACAAAUCAGUCGUCACUUAUGCGAAUGGAGUGUUGAGUAAUUUGAAGAGAGGAGAUUCAGCUGCCAUCAUGAAUAUGUCUAAUUCGUACGACUACGAGAUGAGUGGAAGUGCUGCGGAUUGGCAACGUGAUGGGCUGGAACGAGAGCUUUUCGCUGAAAUGUAUCCGACAAACGACGGCGGACACUCGGAAUCCAUUAAUAUGGCGUUGAACAACUCACAAAUGCGCCCUAAUCACAAUUGGUACGAUACCGAUUUGUAAUUAAUUUAUCUUCUCGUAUUUUUGCAUUUUUUACACAUAAUCUGCUGAAUAUAUCCACUGGGAAUUAUUAUUCAUGGUUUUAAAUUUAAUUUUUGAUACUUUCAAUAUAUUUAUAUUAUAAAUGUAAUUUUAUA